AUGGCAAGAGUUGCACAUGCCAACCAAAUUCUCAAAGAAGGAUGUUUCAGCUUCUACACCUUGAGCGAGUCGGAGCAUUUUUUGGAGAAAGAAAGACCACCGGCGCGAGACUGUUCAAUCUUCAUUUUCUCAUCGGACGACGUCGUUUUGAAGUCUCGGAAUGAGAGAAGCCUGUACCGAUUAAUCAAGCUCGAGAAUGGCCUCACUGCAUUGCUAGUUCACGAUCCUGAGAUUGGAGAAUCCCAACUCUCCGAGGGCUCUGAGGAAGACGACGAUAGUGAAGGGGAGGAUGAAGAUGAACUGAAUAAGAAAAAGGGAGGGGAUUCUCGGACUAACAAGGCAGCAGCAGCAAUGUGGGUAGGAAUAGGCAGCUUCUCUGACCCUCCUGAGGCACAGGGGCUUGCACACUUUCUAGAACACAUGCUUUUCAUGGGGAGUACAGAAUUUUCAGAUGAAAAUGAGUUAAUUACUUAUCCAAGCACGGAGGGUGUUCAAAUCCUUAUGCAGAAGUAGAGCAUACCUGCUACCAUUUUGAAGUGAAACAAGAGUUUCUCAAGGGUGCCUUGACGAGCUCUUUGUUUCACCCCUU